AGGGAUGAAGAAGAAGUCAAAGAAGAUAAUGAAGAAGAUGAAGAGGAAGAAACGCAUGAGGGGGACAGAAAGCAAGAGAAACACAAGGAGCUGUGUUUCAAGAGCACGUGGUCCAGCAGAAGUCAUAGAACGCUACGCUAAAGUCCUGAGGACCUACAAAAAAAAGAAGUCAAUCACUGCUGCAUGCAGAAAGGUGGGAGUGGACCGCAACACUAUCAGCUUAAAUGCGCCCAUUGCUGAGCUUGCCAUCGCUGCCCCAGAGAAAUAUGCUGAGCUAAGCAAACAACAUACCAGAAAGGACAAGCUUGGAGAUUUCGCUGGUAAAUGUCUGGAUGUCAUUGUUACCAGUACGGACAUCGAGGACAAGGUCCAGGCCCUGAAGAGAUCAGGGAAACUACUCCCUCUUGGGAAGGGCAAUUUUUAAGUG